AGUUGACUAGAAGAGAUCAUUUACCUUGCAUUGGUCAUUAAGUAUGGACGUUUCAAGCGCCUAGAUAAAAUAUGUUUGUUUUGGUCAAAGUCAGUUUACUUUCGAUAAUCUUGUCUCAAGUGCAAUGUGCUCCUAAGAAGAAAUCUUAUUCGGAAAUUAAGCAAUGUGAUAUCGGUCCACUGGCUGAUGAAAUAGCAUCUUACGAUACAGUAGUCAAGGACAUAAUAGACUACGCGGUUAGUGGUCCGUUCAAAAGGAAGACUUACAAUGAGUUGGAAAAAUUUGUUGAUACCUUCGGUGCGCGGCCCUCGGGAUCGCAAGUUCUCGAAGAUUCUAUCGAUUACAUGAUUCAGCUAACUCGAGAGGAGGAAAUAAAUGACAUCGUUACGGAAGAGCUUGAGGUACCCCAUUGGAUAAGAGGAACAGAAAAGUUAACUAUGUUAGCACCAAGAAUUAAAGAUAUUGAUCUAUUAGGCCUUGGGCGUAGUGUCACCACGCCACCUGAAGGGAUCACAGCUGAAGUAGUAGUUGUAAAAAACUUUGAAGAACUGUCUAAUUUAUCGAAUGAUGAUGUUAAUGGUAAGAUCGUUGUAUAUGAUCCAAUAUUUACAACAUACGGCCAAACUGUUGUUUAUAGAAGUCAAGGAGCAGCAAAAGCAGCAGAAAAAGGUGCUGUUGCUUCAUUAGUAAGAUCAAUUACUCCAUUUUCUAUCAACACGCCUCAUACUGGAUCUCAAUACUACGAUGAUAAUAUUAAAAAAAUCCCUGCCGCUGCAAUAUCGCUUGAAGAUGCAGAUUUGUUAAGGAGAUUUUAUGACAGUGGAGAAAAAAUUGUGCUAAAUAUCACAAUGUCAUCGACACUCGAAACGAAAACUUCAAGAAAUACUUUAAUCGACUUAAAAGGUACUAAUCAUCCAGAAAAAUUAGUAAUUGUCUCCGGACAUAUAGAUAGUUGGGAUGUUGGUCAAGGUGCGAUGGAUGAUGGUGGUGGCUUAUUUGUGAGUUGGGCAGCACCAGUUAUUCUAAAACGUCUUAACCUAAGACCCAAACGAACAAUUAGAUCAAUUUUCUGGACAGCCGAAGAAUUAGGCUUGAUUGGUGCCUAUGCUUACGAAGAAAAACAUAGGAAUGAAAGUCAAAAUAUCAAUUUCAUAAUGGAAUCCGACGAAGGAACCUUCGCUCCACUUGGUUUAGCAGUAGCUGGUACCCAAAAAGCUCGCUGCAUUAUAGCAGAAAUCUUAAAACUAUUCAAAUCAAUAAAUGCCUCCACAUUAGUCGAAGACGACAGCCCUGGUUCUGACAUUACUGUAAUUAUCAAGAAUGGAAUUCCUGGAGCAAGUCUUCAUAAUGCGAAUGAACGCUAUUUUUGGUUCCAUCACACAGAAGGAGAUACAAUUAAUGUCGAAAAUCCCGAUGAACUAGAUUUAUGUGCAGCAUUUUGGACAGCUGUGGCUUACAUUAUAGCUGAUAUUUCAAUUGAUAUUCCGCGAUAAAAUAUUGUUUUAAAUUAAAAUAUAUCCAAAUACCAUACGAAAAAUAAAUAAUUCAUAUAUUCA